AUGAAAGUUAUUGCAGUGACCUUAGUGUUAUUGUUGGCAGGAAAUGCCUUUGCUGGCGAUCUCAUCCAUAAAUAUCCAAUCAUUGGUAAGAGUAAGCCCUCCUUGGUAAGCAUCUUGACAGAAUUGGAAAGCAAAUUGACUUCAGGUGGUUCUGUUGACACAGCCGUCAACUUUUUGGAUAGCUUAAGAGCAUCUAUUGAUUCAGAAUAAAUCAGACACGAUUAAUUAUACACAGAUCAAAGAAAUCAAUGCAGUGCUGAAUUGGAAUUAAGAACCAAAGACGUCAAAGAUGCCGAAUAAGUCUUAAACAGAGCAACUGAAUAAUAUGAAAAUUGUUCAACCUCAAAAAAGAAGGCUGAUGCUGAAUUAGAUAACAAUUUGGAUAGUCAAAAAGCAACUGAUACUGAUAUCAAGAUCUUAGAUUCAAUUAGAUAAGCAGGUGCUUAAAAUUACAAUGCCAAGAAAUAAGAUCACAUUGAUGCCUUGAGAUCAAUCUAAGAAAGUUUGAAAAUCUUAGAUAGUUUCUAAUCAGGAGGUGCCUCAUUGGCUUAAAUGUCAGAGAUCUCUUUGAGAAUGAUUUAAGAUGCAGUCAAAUUGAAGACAACCAACAUCAUGAGUCAAAUUUCAAGCAUCUUCGCUUAAAUGCUCACAUAAAAUGGAGGCUACAUUGAAGUUUUUGAAAGACUUAAGUAACUUUUAUAAAACUUGGAAUAGAAUUUGUACACAAACUUAUAAAAGAUUUCAGAAGAAGAGGAUCAAUCCAUCUAAGAAUAUGAUGACAGAAGAGUUCAUUUGGUUGAAUAUUACAACAACUUGAAGAGAACUGAAAAUAAAUUAAGAGAUCACAUCACCACCAUGGACAUUUGCUAAGAUUAAUAAUCAGCCAUCAUUGAUAGUGCAAGAGGAAAGAAGGUUAGAAAUGGUGAAAUCUUUGACAGUGCUACUAGAAUGUGCAACGAUUUCGCUUCUGAAUACGAAAAGGCCACCUCUGUUAGAAAAUAAGAAUUAGAUUUAGUUGACAGAGUUAGAUCUAAAAUUAUUGAAAGAGGAUAAUGAUAUCAAAAAUUUAUAAAAAUAAUUCAUACCUCUAUCUUCCAAUU